GUAAUUUCACACUGAUAAAAUCAUGAAGAUCAGACUCACUCAAGAUUAUCCGAUCAAAUCCAUGAAGAAUCAUUAGAUCAGAGACCUAUGAGUGACGAUGACCAAAUGUCACACUUAGGAGACAAUACAAAUCGAUCGAUAGAGUUUGGUAGAAAUUCAAGUCAGGCGGGUUGGUGUGAGUGUGGGAUAUGCCUAUCGGAUAUCGAUUCAUUCGGGGCGGAACAAUGUAUGGGUGUAAGCAACAUUAACCUCCUCGUGUUUUGGUCCAGAGCAGAGUCCUCCAAUCAUGUGACAAUGGUUUGGAGUAUACGUGGAUUGUUGUUGGGUGAUGGGAUAGUCUUUACAAUGGACCAAGGGAAAGAAUAUGAAAGAGGGAGGUUGUGUACGAUAGGGCAGUACUGACAAGCGUUUCUUUUCUUUUUUGGCGUUUUUUGAGUGCGAACCCACCCCUAAAACUUUCAUUCACAGAGGAACAUGUUGAUGAUAUUCAACAAGGAGAGAGAGGGGAAAACGGACAGGGUUUACGGGGUGGAACAAUGCUUCAUCGAAUUGGUCUUGAUGAUUGACAUGAGUUGUAAUCACAUCGACAUGGGUUGUAAUCACCAGUUCUAGAAAGUACCGUCUUGACGUAUGAUCCGUGAUAGAGAGUAUAUCUUUCAGAUAGUUAUUGAUGGUGGAGGGUGAGAUGAGGUGUUUAGUUUGAUAAGGAGUCGAAAUCUUUUGAUCAGUGUUGGGUUGUGAC